UCUCUUCUGCUUAAAAAUAAAAAACACACAGGGUUUUGUCUCUACUCUGUCAGCAAAACCCUACUUCUUUCCGUCUCACUCGCACCAACUCUCUCUGUCUCUCUUUUUCUGCUUCUUCAAUGGCGAUCUGCUACCAAUCUCCCAUCAAACCCAUCACCAUCCCACAAUCGAAAGCACUUACCAACCCAAAACUUUCCUUUAGAUGCAAUCUCUCCCUUCCGUCCAGAUCAAACCCACUGACCAUCUCCGAGCCCGAACCCGUCUAUGCCUCCGUCAAGGCCUUCGCACCCGCCACCAUAGCCAACCUCGGUCCGGGCUUCGACUUCCUCGGUUGCGCCGUCGACGGUCUCGGCGACUUCGUCUCCCUCAGCCUUGAUCCCAAUGUCCAGCCGGGCGAGGUCUCCAUCUCCGAAAUCUCUGGCGACAACGCCAACAGGCUCAGCAAGUCCCCUCUCUGGAAUUGUGCAGGAAUCGCCGCCAUCGAGGUCAUGAAGAUGCUCGGCAUCCGAUCGGUGGGGCUGUCGCUUUCCCUCGAGAAGGGGUUGCCAUUGGGAAGCGGGUUGGGAUCGAGUGCGGCGAGCGCAGCCGCCGCCGCGGUGGCUGUGAACGAGCUUUUCGGAGGGAAGCUGGGGGUUAAGGAGCUCGUGAUGGCGGGGCUUAAAUCGGAGGAGAAGGUUUCCGGCUACCACGCGGACAAUGUGGCGCCGGCGAUCAUGGGAGGCUUCGUAUUGAUCCAAAACUAUGAACCUGUGGAACUGAUUCCACUGAGAUUCCCGGAGGAAAAGGAUCUCUUUUUCGUACUGACCACGCCGGAAUUCGAGGCUCCGACGAAGAAGAUGAGGGCGGCAUUGCCGGCGGAGAUCGGAAUGCCGCACCACGUAUGGAAUUCAAGCCAAGGAGGGGCAUUGGUGGCCGGAGUAUUGCUAGGGGAUUUGAUUAUCUUAGGCAAGGCCUUAUCGUCGGAUAAGGUUGUCGAGCCUAGGAGGGCACCUCUGAUUCCGGGCAUGGAGGCUGUGAAGAAAGCCGCCAUUGAAGCCGGCGCAUUCGGGUGCACGAUAAGCGGCGCCGGACCGACUGCGGUUGCGGUGAUCGACGACGAGAAGAAAGGGGCCGAAAUUGGGGAAGAGAUGGUUAAGGCAUUCUUGAAGGAGGGAAAUUUGAAAGCUGUGGCUAACGUGCAUAGACUGGACAGGAUUGGUGCCAGACUCAUUAGCGGCAUUCCUAGAUGAAAUUGCGCCAAGUUCUUUUCAGGAUGAUCUGAUCGAAGUUCUGAAUUCGAUGAACGAAUCCCGCCUAUUUAGCCAAGGCAAGAGCAGAGGAAAAAAAAAAAAAAAAAUGGUAUGACAGAUAGACAUCAUACAUAUAUAGAAUACAUAAACAUGUAUCUAUAUGCGCGUGAAGCUGUGUACAUUUCCAUAGACGUGUCUGUAGAAGCUGUUUCACAGCAAUGACAAUUUUUAUUUUUUUA